ACAAUUUACUUAUCUACAGAUUUUGGUUUGUCUCACAGUCAAUUCGGCGAUCAUCAAUCGUACAACGCCGAUCCCACCACUCCUCCCACUCCUCCCGAACUUCGCCGCAAACAUGAUCACCAUACACGCUGCCGCUGUCGCGCUCUGCGCCGUCACGUUAGUAUCUGCUCAAGCAAAUUCUAACUCGACUUUUAAGAUCGACCCCGACUCAGUUGAUAUCUCCAAAAAAGUUACUUGGUGUCAAGGACAACAAGAUAGCUGUGGUACACUUUGCGGCACGGCGAUAACCAAUGACUGUUCAGUUGAUACUUUGGAUUUCAAAUGUGUAUGCCAAGGCAACAAUUCGCCCGAUCUGAAUCUCUAUGAGAACACAAUGCCUUGGUUCGUCUGCGAACAGAAUCAGGACAACUGUAUUCAACAAACCGAGAACAAUGCCGCCGGGCAGAAGAACUGCACAUCGACGUUUAGUGACCACUGUGGUAAAGAAUCGGUAGCGGAUCAUGCGGGAGAGGGAUCCGUCAGCACAACUACCAGCUCCAGCUCAGCGCCCAGUGGAAGCGCUACUGCCGCUUCUAGCUCUGCUGCGCCGAGUUCAACUUCAUCGGCAGGAGCUGUUCCCACGCACGUGCAAUACAUCGGCAAUGGCGCUGCAGCAGUUGCCGUAGGUUUAUUCGCUUACAUGCUGUAAGAGAAAAUAUAGCAGCAGGUUUACUUAGGAGGUCAGACGGUUAUUCACAUACAAUAGAGUUGUUGUGAAGAUUGCCGUUCUCUUUUUAUACUCAUUUAAAUACCCAACAAUCCCACA